AUGGAGCGGGCGGAGCCACGCAAGAUCGGGCGCCUGCCUGCCUUGGGUGCCCAUGCACGCACCCCGCCACGCAGUGCCGAGCGAUCCCUGCGCCUCUCCGUCGACGAGACGCUCGGCGAGUCGCCGCUCAUGGCUGGCCUGUACGACAUGGACUUGCCGCCGCCUGUGCUGCCUCGCUCGCCCCUCGCCCGCCAUGCCGAGCUCGACGACGACGACAUCGAAGACACCGACUUUGUGCCGGACGAAAAUGCGGCACAGUCGGCCUCGUCGAGCGAUAUGGACGAGGAGCCCGUGUGGGAUGAGCCGUCGCCUGAGCCGCGGCCCCCGCCUGCUCGCACACCUGCGCGCGAGUCGCCGGUGAGGCGCACGCCCCAGAGCCAGCGCGCGCCAUCGGCACCAGCCGCACAAACGCACGCGGCACCGGGACCCGCUGCCGAGGCCGCCGGCUACUAUGAUACCAUCGACUUUGACAAGAUUACCGACCCGUUUACUGAUACGCGCCGCGCCUUCAUGCGCGGGAAAGCACAGGCGCCACCGCCGCCUCGCCCAGAGGCUGUCUCGUCGGCGCAGCCUGCACCGGUCGCCGGCCCUUCGCGGCUGGCGCCGCGGCCGCACGCCGAGCCGGCUCAGUCAACGACGCCGCUGCGUGCCUCGCCCGUCAAGGCGACCACGCCUGUGCGUUAUUCGCCGGCCAAGACGCAUUCGUCGCCGGCCAAAGGUCCGACGCCGGCGCGCGCCUCGCCUGUCAAGGCCCGCACCCCGCUCGGUGCACCGCGCCCUGCUCCUGCGGCGCUCCCAAGAGCAUCUCUGGCUCGAGAGGAGGCCUCGCCGGCCGCCUCGCCAUGGUCCGCGCAGCGUGCCCACCAUUCACCUGCCGCACCGCGCAACGCGGUCCGACGACCGGCGCCUCCGCGCGAGGCACCGACACAGGCGCGCAUGUCCCGUGCGCCCGCGCCUGCCACUCUUCCACCCAAGGCCGAGGCGCCGGCGCCGUGCCGGCGCCGGCCGAGCUCACCGGCGCCUGAGGCCGCCAUGGCGCCUCGGCCUGUGCCGCCUGUGUCCGGCUCGCCCACACGUACGGCGCCCGUGCAGGGCGCGCCGCCGACGCGCUCGAACCGGCUCCUGACCGAGGAGCUGCUCAAGUGGAAGCGGCGGUGUGCUGAGCUGGAAGAGGAGCUGGACACGAUGCAGGAACGCCUUGUGCAUGCACGCGGCGAUGCACAUGGCUGGACGAGCGAGCAAACUGCGCUGCAGGCGCAAGUGACCGCGCUGCAGCAGGGCCGCGAGAACGACCGGCGUGCGAUGCGGCAGCGCGUGCGUGUGCUCGAGUCGCACAUGGCGGAUACCAAGAUCGAGUACGACAAUCGGUACUGGCGCCUCCUCACGAGCUCGUCGGAGGGUGCGGACGAGCUUGACUCGGUGCAUGUGCAGCUGGUCGUCCACCAGAACGAGGUGACCAAGCUGCAGUCGGAGCUGGCCGAGCAGCGGCGCCGCUUGCGUCUUGCUCACGAGCAGACGGCCUUCCUCGCGGGACUGUACGCACACCGCGGUCAGCAGCAGGCCGCGGCACAGGCAGACGAUACACAGCGGCUCCAGCAGCAGGUGGCCGAGCUGCAGCAGCAGGUCGCUGCGCAUGCAGCGGCGCGAGUGGCAGCGGAGGCGGCGCUGGCCGCGCAGCAAGCGCCGAGGCCGUCGAGCGAGCCGCCGGCGCCUGCCGAGGCCUCGCCGGCCGCCGAGCCUGCGGCGCUCGAGACGUACGGUGUCCGGGCCCAGUCACGCGAAUGGACGGAGGACGCGCGCGUGUCGCCGGCCAUGCAGCCAGCGACGCCGCCCACGCUCGAGGACGCGGACGAGGCACCGGCUGCGACGCCUGCUCGGGCGCCUGCGCCGGCCCUGCGGCCUGGCAUGACGCCGAUGCUGGAGCGCACGGCAGUCGCUGCGCCCGACCUGGACGCCGAGGCGACGCCCAUGCUCGGCACGCGCGUGCGGGACGACCCGGCGCCGCAAGCCCGCAAGAAGAAGCGGCGGCUGAUCGGCUCGGGCCAGGGCUUUCUGCGUCUCGCGGACGGUGCCGAGAGCUUAUCGCCCUCGCUCGAUGUGCCAGCCGAUCUGCCGCCGCUCGCGUGA